AUGUCGGGGCCCAGCACACAGGCUGGAAACGAGACCUUUGGGCGAUUUCAGGAGGUCGACUCCUUCCAAGUGGAGCCCGCCCAGGACGAGUGGAGCGAUGCCGAGGUGCAGCACGACGUGCGCAUCUCGUUCGGCAUCGUGCACCUCUUCCGCACGCUCGCAGACGAUGUGGGCGGCGCAGGAGAUACAGAGCCACCACCUGCAGACGACGAAGAGGCGAUUGGCACCAUCCUGUGCAUGCUGUCUGUGCCCGUGGCCAUGACCGUAUCGAGCCUGCUGGACUUUGUCGAGCCUGCGCUCGAGGCCAUCCAGAACAUACGCAUUGUUCGCCAUGUCGACCAGGACAGCAAUAUCGUCCUGUUCAAGUUCCGCGACGCACUCGACGCGGAAGAAUUUUACAAGAUGUACAACUGCCGGCCGUUUCAGGCACUCGAUUCGUCGGCCAAGUGCCGCCUCGUGUACGUCACCGGUGUGACAGCGACCGGUGCCGCGGAAAUGCCGCACGCCUACCCUCUUUUGACGCACACCGAGCCAUGGCCGGUGAUUACCGCACCGGAAGCCGAGCGCAACGCGUCGCUGCGGCCGCUGCUCCCAAGCGAGAACGCGCCGCUGCGCGCGGCGGCGUACGAGCUGCCUACGUGCCCCGUCUGUCUCGAGCGCCUCGAUGCGAGCGUCUCUGGGCUAGUGACGGGCGUCUGCCAGCACACCUUUCACUGCGACUGUCUCCAGCGGUGGGUCGAUAGCCGCUGCCCGGUCUGCCGCUACUCGCAGACGCGCGCGGGCGGCCUUCCCCGCGACGAGUCAUCGUCGUCACUCGCGACAACGACGCGCUCUUCGUGCUGCCAGCAAUGCGGCACGUCUUCGGAUCUGUGGGUGUGCCUCAUUUGUGCCAACGUCGGGUGCGGGCGGUACAAGGAAGGCCACGCACAGCAGCACUUUGCCGAGACCGGGCACCUGUACAGUCUCGAGCUCGAGACACAGCGCGUGUGGGACUAUGCCGGAGACGGAUACGUGCACCGGCUGAUCCAGAGCAAGACGGAUGGCAAGCUCGUCGAGCUGCCGUCGGCCUCGGACGUGACGGCCGCGAUGCCCGAGCGCUUGUGGAACGCACGCUACCCUGCACACACGCACGACUCGAUGCACGAAGCGGAUACCGCGUUCGGACAUGCGCGCGAGCACCGCAGCGCGACGCCGGGCGACAUGGAGCUCUUGGACGAAAAGAUGCGUGCGCUCGGCCUCGAGUACUCCAACAUGAUCCUGUCGCAGCUCGACUCGCAGCGCGUGUACUACGAGGGUCUCUUGUCUGUCGCGCGCUCCGAGCGCAUCCCCCGCGAGGAGAAUGAACGGAUACGCGAAGAGGUCGCGCUCCUCCGCGAGCAGUGCGCCGCGGCCGAGGCACGCAGCGCCGAGCUCCAAGCCGAAGUCGCGCGGUGCAACGCGCAAGCCACGCGCUACGAGACGCAGCUGCGCCGCGCGCUCGAGUCUGCGCGCACGCUCAAGCAAGAGCGUGACGAGGAGAAGAGUGUAUCCGAUGGGCUCUACCAACACGUACAGAAGCUCCAGACGGAGCAAAAGUCACUCCAGUCGCGUGUCGCCGAGCUGAGCGAAGAGCUGCGCGAUCUCAUGUUCUUCGUCUCGGCGCGCGACAAGAUCGAGGAGGCCGACAAGGUCCUGCCUGCGGAGAGUGCACUACAUGGUGGCACUGUGUCCCUCCCCGAGCCCGAGCCCGCGAGCAAGCCACGGAAAGGCAAGCAGCGCCGUCCGUAG